AUGGGCAAGGAGAACUGUACCACCAUGACAGAGUUUAUUCUUCUUGGGUUAACAGAUGCCCUUGAGCUGAGGGUGUUCUUCUCCCUGCUCUUACUUCUCAUCUAUGGAGUCACAGUUUUGGGCAACCUGGGCAUGAUUGUGGUGAUUCGGGUCAGCCCUCGACUUCACACACCUAUGUACUUUUUCCUCAGCCACCUGUCCUUUGUGGACUUCUGUUAUUCCACAAUCAUUGUGCCAAAGAUGCUAGCUAAUAGCUUAAAUGAAGACAAAGCCAUCUCCUUCCUGAGAUGCAUGGUGCAAUUCUUUUUGUUUUGCGCGUGUGUGGUAACUGAGGUCUUCCUGCUGGCUGUGAUGGCCUAUGACCGCUUCUUGGCCAUCUGCAGCCCGCUGCUCUACAUGGUCUCCAUGUCCCAGAAACUCCGCAUGGUGCUGGUGUCUGGCUGCUACCUGUGUGGGAUUGUGUGUUCUCUGAUUCACUUGUGUUUAGCUCUUGAAAUCCCCUCCUAUAGAUCCAAUGUGAUUGACCACUUCUUUUGCGAUCUGCCCCCACUCUUAUCUCUUGCCUGCUCUGAUGUCUCUAUGAACGAACUACUGCUAUACAUUGUGGCCACUUCCAAUGAGGUCAUCACCAUCGUGAUCAUCCUCACCUCCUACAUGUUUAUUGUCAUCACCAUCCUGAGGAUGCGCUCUGCAGAGGGAAGGCGCAAAGCCUUUUCCACCUGUGCCUCCCACCUCACAGCAAUCGUUGUCUUCCAUGGAACAAUCCUUUUCAUUUAUUGCCGGCCUGGUUCUGGCAACAGUACAGAAACUGACAAGGUGGCCUCGGUGUUCUAUACUGUAGUGAUUCCCAUGCUGAACCCCCUGAUCUACAGCCUGAGGAACAAGGACGUGAAGGAAGCCCUCAGAAAAGUGGUGGGAUCCAGAGCAUUUUCCUGGAGAAUAUUUUCUUAG